AUGGCUUGUCUAUCUGAUGAAAAAGUAAAUUUAUAUGCGUGUAAUUCAUUAUCAGCUGUUUGUUUCAUGUUUUUCAGAUUUUUAAUAUAAUUUAAUUUCUAAUUUGAUGUAUCCUAGGAGGAUAAAAUCAAGCUUGCCAAAGAGUAUCAGCAAUAUUAUUAUGAAUCUCUUCCUGAUUGGUUUCAAUAUGAUUCUGAUGAUUAUGAAAUCAUAAGACACAAGAUUGGAUAUGCCCUGUUUGGUAUUCCUGAAAUUGUUGAUGAUACAGAAAUACCAAUAACCUCUAAGAAUGACACAUCGGUCAAUAACAAGCAAAACAGUGUAUGCAAUAAGAUAGUAUAUGAUAAAACAAUGUGCAAAGUUAUAGAUACAAUAUAUCAACAGAUAAUAAAGUUUGGAAGAAAUAACGCAAACAAUACCAUUUAUCUUGGAAUCAUAUUUAAUGUUGGAAUUUUACACGCAGCACUAAAGCAGUCGAAUAAAAAGGAUGACAAAUCUAAUGAAGAAUCUAAUAAUAUGUUUAUAGUACCAAUAUUUAAAUUGAAGACACUGACACUAGAUGUAUCUUAUAUUGACAACGAAGGCAGACUGUAUAAAACUUGGAAAGACUAUACUGCAAACAACAGAUUGCCCCAGUGUACUAUGAUUUUGCCAAAGGGAGGUUUAUAUCGGUAUGAUCCAAACUAUGAAGUUACAGAACACGUUUCAACCGUAUGGGUUGAGGUAUUAAACUCACCAGCUUGUAACGUUAAAAAUAAAGUCUUUAAAGGUAUUGAUAUUGCUGCGAAUACAAUGUCUGUAGCUACUGCUGGACUUGGAACUGCUAGCUUAUUGACACCUAUUGCACCAGUUGUUUUUGCCACAGGUUUAAUUUCUGGCAGUCUAUGCGGUGGAUGGAACAUUGCCAGAAAUUCUCAAAAAUUAAUGGAUCUUGCUAAGCAUAAGCAAUCUAUCAGUCCUAUAAAUAAAAAUGCAUUUCCUGCUUGGCUUGAAAUAGGUAGUACAGCUUUAUCGUUGGGAGCAAGUGGAGGAACUAUGAUCUUGUCUAAAGCCCUUGCCAAAGGCAGCACCGUUGGUGUUGUAGCUAAAACAGCUUACAAUUCUGUGAUAUUAAGUAACUUGACAUUGAGUAGCGUCGGUAUAGUUUAUCAGGGAUAUUGUUUAAUCGACAAAUAUCGUACAAAAAGGGAUGUUGAUUUUCUGGACAUAGUUAUUUUCGCCUCUCAUGUUUUAUUCUUCGGUAAUGCGUUGCUAAAUGUUAAAUUGGCUGGCGAGCUUAUAGAAACAUCCAAAGGUAGCAUCCUUGAGGAAUUUAAGGGCGCUUUGAAGAGUAACCGUCUGACGGAGCAGUUCAAUAAAAUGAGUGCAUACGUUGGCAAUACGCAAAAUAGAUCCGAAGGCAUUUUGUGCAAAAUAAAGCAAUUUGCCAACAGGCAGGACUUCUUAAACAGUCUGAAUAAAUUAUUUUGGAGAGAGAUGUUGCCAAGUAUCAAAUAUCAGAAUAGCUACAUUGUUAUAAAUGAUAGAAUAUUCAUAGAUCCUGUUGAGUUCACAGCAAAUUUACUGACAGCUGGCACAGUCGCGUUUAAUUUGAUAAGUCCACCGAUGAUCGCUACAGAAAGGAACGACGUGAUGAUGAAGUUGAAACUUUUACUUAAACAGUUAUUGAAAGAUUAUUACGUCGACUCGACGAACGAGGAAAUGCCUGAUGUUAAGUAUUUCGACGACAUAUUACAAGAAAUGAAAUACUUGAACAACGCGGUAGAUGUUCUGACCAAGUGUUUCAAAAUUACUAUGAUCAUAGUGGAGCAUUGCAACGAACCCAAGCAAUUUCUGUGCGAUGCUGUUUAUUUCACGUGGGCAUACUGCAAAGCGAAUUUGAAAAAGUACAACAUAAGUCUCAGCUUGUCGUCUAGAAACAACAUAUCCAAUGCAUUGGCGAAAAUCGUUACAUUCUUAUACGAUUGCAUCGAGGUGAUUGGCAACGAUUUAUUCUCGGCUUUCUACGCGUAUAUGUUGAACACAAAACUAACUACACUGUCUUCCGUAAAAUAGAAUAAUUUACUUUCUGUUUUUUUAUGCCUGUGUUUGACAGGCGUUGAAGUGCCUUAUUUCGACUAAAGCGCUAUUUUUCUAGUGUUAGGCGCGAGGCAGAUGAACCUGAGAUUAGAAUAAGUAUUACACGUUGAUGCUUCACGUUGAUGUUUAUAUAAAUGUUAUUUUUCUAGUGUUAG